AUGAGCCAUUUGCAGAACUUACUGUUAGAUACUCUCCUGGGAACCAAGCAUGUGGACGGUGCAGCCCUCAUUAAACUCCACGAGAGGAGCUUGUGUGUAACAUCACCAGGAUUUAGUGUAAUGCCCAGGGACGUCCGAACACUUGUGAAUGGAUUUGCCAAGAACCCUUUACAGGCCAGAAGAGAAGGAUUAUAUUUCAAGGAAAAGGACUACAAAUGUGUCCGAGCAGAUGACUAUUCUCUUUAUGCUAAGAAUGAAAAUAUUGGUGUGGUUGUUGUGAAGACCCAUCUGUACCUUCUGGUGGCAACUUACGCUGAGGGCAUGUAUCCUAGUGUUUGUGUGGAAGCCACAGAGAAACUGGGGGAAUAUCUAAGAAAAAAAGGAAAUUAA